UUAAUUCAAAUGGAGACGACGAUGACGACGACGACGACGAUAGAGAAAUCAAUAAUGGUGGUGGGUAUCGACGAUAGCGAGAUCAGCUUCUACGCUCUCAACUGGGCUCUCGAUCAUUUCUUUGUCCCCUUCGCUUCAAAUCCUCCUUUUAAGCUCGUUGUCGUUCACGCCAAGCCUUUUCCUACUACGGUUGUUGGAAUCGCUGGACCUGGAAUUGUCGAAGUUUUGCCUAUCGUGGAGGCGGAUCUUAAGAGGAUAGCAGCUAAAGUUGGAGAGAAGGCCAAAGAGAUCUGCCACAAUAAAUCGGUGGAUGAUGUAAUAGUGGAGGUGGUGGAAGGAGAUGCUAGGAAUGUUCUCUGUGAGACAGUAGAGAAACACCAUGCAUCCAUACUGGUGGUGGGCAGUCAUGGUUAUGGAGCUAUAAAAAGGGCUGUUUUGGGCAGUGUAAGUGACUACUGUGCUCACCAUGCUUACUGUACUGUGAUGAUCGUGAAGAAGCCCAAGCCCAAGCACUAAGCUCUCUAGCUAAUUGCA